AUGAUAAUCAUGAAAGGGAAAAAUACUACUCGCCCCUUUCGUCCUUUCCCAUCGAUUCAUGGCAGAUUUUCAUUCAUAAAUAAGUCUGUCCAAGCUCCGGCCCCUCACACCUUGGAUUUAGCAGCCCAGCGUGCGGUGUCCCCUCCGCCCGGCCAUGGCGCGCACAAACCAGUGGAGGGGUCCAGGGCCGUGAUUACUAGAUUUGAUGAGCAGCUUCCUAUUAAAGUUGGACACCAGAACACCCAUACCAAAGUCAGCACAGAGCACAACAAGGAAUGUCUGAUCAACAUUUCCAAGUACAAGUUCUCCCUCGUCAUCAGUGGCCUCACCACCAUCCUCAAAAAUGUCAACAACAUGCGGAUAUUUGGAGAAGCUUCGGAGAAGAACCUCUACCUCUCCCAGCUCAUCAUCCUGGACACCCUGGAGAAGUGCCUGGCUGGGCAAUCCAAAGACUGCUUGCGUCUGGACGAGACCAUGCUAGUGAAACAGCUGCUGCCGGAGAUCUGCCAUUUCAUCCACACGUACCGCGAGGGCCACCAGCACGCCGCAGAGCUGCGGGCCUCCGCCUCAGCCGUCCUCUUCUCUCUGAGCUGCAACAACUUCAACGCCGUCUUCAGCCGCAUCUCCACCAGGCUACAGGAGCUCACGGUGUGCUCAGAGGACAACGUGGACGUUCACGACAUCGAGCUGAUGCAGUACAUCAACGUGGACUGCUCCAAGCUCAAGAGACUGCUUCAAGAAACUGUGUUGAAGUUUAGAGCUCUCAAGAAGCCUGCCCAGCUAGCAGUCAUCAACAGUUUAGAGAAGGCGUUUUGGAACUGGGUGGAGAAUUACCCAGACGAGUUCACCAUGCUCUACCAGCGCCCCCAGGCAGACAUGGCAGUCGCCGCUGCAGAAAAGCUGUUUGACCUGGUGGACAGCUUUGCAGAGAGUGCGAAGAGGAAGGCAGCUGUGUGGCACCUGCAGAUCAUCCUCCUCAUCCUCUGUCCAGAGAUCACACACACCAUCUCCAAAGACACAGUGGAAGAGAGCAAGGCCAAUAAGAAACUGUUUUUAGAGAGUAUGCGGAAAGCUCUAGCGGGCCAGGGAGGCAGCAAGCAGCUGAUGGAGAGCGCCGCCAUCCCUGUGGUCAAACUGUGUAAAGCCUCCACCUACAUCAACUGGGAGGACCACUCCACCAUCUUCCUCCUGGUGCAGUCCAUCGUCAUGGACCUCAAGGCUCUGCUCUUCAACCCAGCGAAACCCUUCUGGAGGGGGACGGGGACCAGAAACGCUGACGUGGAGCUCAUGAUGGACUGGUUCGUCUCUUGUUUCCGCAUCAAUCCUCACAACCAGCACUUUAAGGUCUGCUUGGCCUCCUCCUCUCCCUCCACCUUCCACUUUGUCCUGGUCAACUCAUUGCACAGAAUUAUCACUAAUUCCCACCUGGACUGGUGGCCUAAGAUCGAAGCGGUGUACUGCUACUCCGGAGAGCUCCGCUUCAUGUUCUCCGACACGCUCAACCGGGUGAUACAGGGCGCCGCCACCCACGCUCCUCUACGCAUGACACCCAGUCUGACGUUCAAAGGGAAGAUAAGCACCAGCCUUAAGUAUAAAGAGAAAGCCACAGAACUGGACACUCGAAGCUACAAGUGCCUCCUCCUCGCUCUGGUCAAACUCAUCCACGACCCCAGACUCAUGCUGCAUAACCCGGUGAAGCAGGCUCCAGAGAUGCAGAGCAGCACGGCGGAGCUCAUCACUGGCCUGGUGCAGCUGGUGCCGCUCACCAACACCACCCAGCUGUCCCAGGAAGCCAUGGAGGCUCUGUUAGUUCUGCACCAGCCAGAGACCAUAGAGCUGUGGAAUCCUGAGACCCCCAUAGAGACGUUUUGGGACAUCAGCUCACAGUUGCUCUUCCUCAUCUGCCGCAAACUGAUUGGCCACCAACUGGUCAACGGGACAGAAGUUCUCAAGUGGCUGAGGGAGAUCCUGAUCUGCAGGAACAAGUUUCUGCUCAAAAACAAGGAGUGUGCCACGAUGGGCGGAGGGAUCCCCAUCUGCCGGCAGGCUCAGACCAAGCUGGAGGUGUCGCUCUACAUGUUCCUGUGGAGUCCGGACACAGAGGCGGUGCUGGUGGCCAUGUCGUGUUUCCGCCACCUCUGUGAGGAGGCUGACAUCCGCAGCGCCGCCGACGAGGUGCCCGUCCAGAACAUCCUGCCCAACUACCCCACCUUCAGUGAGCUGGCCUCCGUCAGCAACAUGAUGGGGACAGGCCGGUCCACCUUACAGAAGAGAGUGAUGGCCCUGCUGCGGAGGGUAGAGCACCCCACACCAGGAAACAUUGACAUUGAGCAUUCUGAUGUCAUUUUCAGGGACCACAAGGCUGUAGGCCGACGACCCUUUGACAAGAUGGCCACCCUGCUGGCCUACUUGGGCCCUCCUGAACACAAACCUGUGGCCGACACCCACUGGUCCAGCCUCAACCUCACCAGCUCCAAGUUCGAGGAGUUCAUGACCAGGCACCAGGUUCAUGAGAAGGAGGAGUUCAAAGCCCUUUUAAAGACCCUCAACAUCUUCUACCAGGCAGGAACCUCCAAGACCGGCAACCCAGUCUUCUACUACGUGGCCCGCAGGUUCAAAACAGGCCAGAUCAAUGGGGACCUGCUCAUCUACCAUGUCCUCCUCACUCUCAAACCCUACUACGCUAAACCCUACGAGAUAGUAGUAGAUUUGACCCAUGUAGGACCCAGCAAUCGUUUCAAGACCGACUUCCUGUCCAAGUGGUUCGUGGUCUUUCCCGGCUUUGCCUAUGAGAAUGUAGCAGCUGUCUAUGUGUACAACUGCAACACCUGGGUGAGGGAGUACACAAAGUACCAUGAGCGGCUACUGACAGGCCUGAAGGGCAGCAAGCGGCUCCAGUUCAUCGACUCUCCAGCUAAACUGGCCGAGCACAUUGAACCAGACCAACAGAAGCUGCCUGCGGCCACGCUGACCCUGGAGGAAGACCUUAAAGUGUUCCAUAAUGCCCUCAAGCUGGCCCAUAAAGACACAAAGGUCUCGAUAAAGGUUGGCUCGACAGCAGUUCAAGUGACCUCAGCCGAGCGGACCCGUGUUCUCGGCCAGCCCGUCUUCCUCAACGACGUCUACUACGCCUCAGAGAUUGAGGAGAUUUGCCUGGUGGACGAGAGCCAGUUCACCCUCACCAUGGCCAACCAGGGCACGCCGCUCACAUUCAUGCACCAGGAAUGUGAUGCCAUCGUCCAGUCCAUCAUCCACAUUAGGACACGAUGGGAGCUGUCACAGCCUGACUCCAUCCCACAGCACACAAAGAUUCGACCAAAAGAUGUUCCUGGUACUCUGCUUAACAUCGCCCUGCUGAACCUUGGCAGUUCAGACCCCAGUCUCAGGUCUGCGGCUUACAAUCUACUGUGUGCUUUGACCUGCACAUUCAACCUAAAGAUAGAGGGCCAGCUGCUGGAGACCUCAGGCCUCUGCAUCCCGGCCAACAACACCCUCUUCAUUGUCUCCAUCAGCAAGACUCUGGCUGCCAAUGAGCCCCAUCUAACGCUGGAGUUUCUGGAGGAGUGCAUCUCAGGCUUCAGCAAGUCAAGUAUUGAGCUGAAGCAUCUCUGCCUGGAGUACAUGACACCCUGGCUGCUCAACCUCGUCCGUUUCUGUAAGCACAACGACGACGCCAAGCGCCAGCGCGUCACCGCCAUUUUGGACAAACUCAUCACCAUGACGAUCAAUGAGAAACAGAUGUAUCCCUCUAUCCAGGCUAAAAUCUGGGGCAGCCUGGGCCAGAUAACCGACCUGCUGGAUGUGGUGUUGGACAGCUUUAUUAAAACAAGUGCCACAGGAGGCCUAGGCUCCAUCAAAGCAGAGGUCAUGGCUGAUACUGCAGUGGCCCUCGCUUCAGGAAAUGUCAAAUUGGUCUCAAGCAAGGUGAUUGGUCGGAUGUGUAAGAUCAUCGACAAGACGUGCCUGUCGCCGACGCCCACUCUGGAGCAGCACCUGAUGUGGGACGACAUCGCCAUCCUGGCCCGCUACAUGCUCAUGCUGUCCUUCAACAAUUCUCUGGAUGUGGCGGCCCACCUGCCCUACCUGUUCCACGUGGUGACCCUGCUGGUAGCCACGGGGCCGCUCUCUCUGAGGGCCUCCACCCACGGUUUGGUCAUCAACAUCAUCCACUCCCUCUGCACCUGCUCGCAGCUCAACUUCAGCGAGGAGACGAAGCAGGUUUUGAGGCUGAGCCUGACCGAGUUCUCCCUGCCCAAGUUCUACCUGCUGUUCGGCAUCAGCAAAGUGAAGUCCGCCGCCGUCAUUGCCUUCCGCUCCAGCUACAGAGACCGGUCCUUCUCUCCAGGCUCCUACGAGAGGGAGACGUUCGCCCUGUCCUCCCUGGAGACCGUCACAGAGGCCCUACUGGAGAUCAUGGAGGCUUGUAUGAGGGACAUCCCAGCCUGCAAGUGGUUAGACCAGUGGACAGAACUUGCACAGAAGUUUGCAUUCCAGUACAACCCCUCCCUCCAGCCCAGAGCGCUGGUGGUGUUCGGCUGCAUCAGUAAGAGGGUGAGCCACGGCCAGAUCAAGCAGAUCAUCCGGAUCCUCAGCAAGGCCAGCCCUCUGCUCAGCAUCGACCGGGGUCUGGAGAGCUGUCUGAAGGGGCCGGACAAUUACAACAGCCAAGUAUUAAUAGAAGCCACAGUCAUCGCUCUGACCAAGCUGCAGCCUCUCCUCAGCAAGGAGUCUCCCAUGCACAAAGCUCUGUUCUGGGUGGCGGUAGCUGUGCUGCAGCUGGAUGAAGUCAACCUGUACUCUGCUGGCACUGCCCUGAUGGAGCAGAACCUCCACACUCUGGACACCAUGCGCAUCUUCAACGACAAGAGUCCAGAGGAAGUGUUCAUGGAGAUCCGGCGUCCUUUAGAAUGGCACUGUAAGCAGAUGGAUCACUUUGUGGGCCUCAACUUCAGUGCAAACUUCAACUUUGCACUGGUGGGCCACCUACUCAAAGGCUACAGACACCCUUCCGCCACCACAGUAGCAAGGACUGUGAGAAUCCUGCACACACUUCUCGCUCUGAUCAGCAAACAUCUGAAAUGUGACAAGUUUGAGGUUAACACUCAGAGUGUGGCCUAUCUGGCUGCCCUGCUCACUGUAUCUGAGGAGGUCCGGAGUCGCUGCAGCCUCAAACACAGGAAGUCCCUCCUGAUUUCUGACCUCUCCAUGGACCCGGUCCCCAUGGAAACGUACACAAGUCACAUCAAUGAUCCCAGCUGCAGAACUCUGCGUGAGACUCAGCCGUGGACGUCCCCCCAGGUCUCAGAGCGCUACCUCUCAGCCCAUCACUACCCUACAGUGGGACAGAUCAGCCCCCGAACUCGCAAGUCCAUGAGCCUGGACAUGGGCCAGCCCUCGCAAGCCAACACAAAGAAGCUCCUGGGCACCAGGAAGAGCUUCGAUCAUCUCAUAUCAGACUCUAAAGCGCCAAAGAGACCAGAGAUGGAGUCGGGUAUGACCACCCCUCCCAAGAUGAGGCGUGUAGCAGAGAACGACUACGAGAUAGAGACGCAAAGAAUUGCAAACUCUCACCUUCGCAAGGUGUCUGUAUCAGAGUCCAACGUCCUGCUGGAUGAAGAGGUGCUGACCGACCCAAAGAUCCAGGCUCUGCUGCUCACUGUGCUGGCCACCCAGGUCAAAUACACCACUGAUGACUUUGACCAGCGAAUUCUCUACGAGUACUUGGCCGAAGCUAGUGUCGUCUUCCCAAAGAUGUUUCCAGUCGUCCACAACCUGCUGGACUCUAAGAUCAACACGGUGCUGUCCAUGUGCCAGGACACCAACCUCCUGAACCCGGUCCACGGCAUCGUCCAGAGCGUGGUCUACCACGAGGAGUCGCCCCCCCAGUACCAGCCCUCCUACCUACAGAGCUUCGGCUUUAAUGGACUCUGGAGGUUUGCCGGACCCUUCUCUAAGCAAACACAGAUACCGGACUACGCCGAGCUGAUCGUCAAGUUCCUGGAGGCGUUGAUUGACAGCUACCUGCCGGCGGCGGACGAGGAGCGGGGGGAGGAGCAGCUGAGGACGCCCACCUCCCCCUACCCCCCCACCAGCCAGAGCCAGCUCAGCAUCACUGCCAACCUCAACCUGUCCAACUCCAUGACCUCCUUGGCCACCUCGCAGCACUCUCCAGGUGUGGAUAAGGAGAACGUCCAGCUGUCCCCCAGCUCCGCCCUCUCCAGCGGGGGGCGUACUCGCCACGGAUCGGCCAGUCAGGUGCAGAAGCAGCGCAGCGCGGGCAGCUUCAAGAGGCCGAGCAUCAAGAAGAUCGUGUGAUCGGAGAACCCUCCUCCUCCUCCUCCUCCAGCCCGCCGGGGGCUCACGCUGCACUCCAUCUCUUACUCUGUUUAUUUCCUCCUCCUUCUUAACGGUUGUUUCCCCUGGCGUGAAAACUUUUCAGUUGGGCAUCGAGGAGGAAUAUUAACACAUUUAGUGCUGCUUGAGAUUUAUUUCAUUUGUGACAGCGCAUGGUGGAGGAGAAUCUUUUCGUUGGAGUAGUUCCUGUUCUCUGCAGUGGAUGUUGUCUUCACAGAUAUUCAGCAGCAGGUUAGAGUCGGGUCGAGUUCACUCUUAUGAAACUAUUGGGGGCAAAAUGCCCCUGAGCCUGAUGGGAAAGCAGGUUCAGUUUGGACAGGGAGGAAACAGGAAGUGAAACUCUGUCUUUAUGCUAAAGUUGGAUCCGUCCUUUGGCCUUCCUUUUGACUAAACACUCCUGUGUCAGUGAGAGGGACCAAAUGACAGCAACAGUGGAGGGGGGGGGGGGUCUGCUCGGACACCUGGGCCCACCUCUCCCAGUCCUGUACAUAUUUUACAUAGACAGAUUAUGUAUAACUAGUCCUUAGUGCUGAUUUAGAUGUUGAUGUUUUUCUCCAUGGUGUGCCUUUUGUCAGGGUUUUUCAAUGUGUACAAUUUGUAAAGUAAAAGUGAAAGACAAAGAACAGGUACUAAUUAUGGAGGCGAGCCGUCCAUAUCACCACGCGAGCCGCAUCACGACGGGCCUCCAAACGAUCGUCUAAUAUACAAUCAUCCAUAUACCCUGUUGCCUGAAAGUAUUUAUCCUGUACAGCUAGAUAGCGCUACACUUUCCAAAAAUCUUCUUUUCAAACACUUAUGAACGAGAAGAUCGCAAAACACUAGGGGGAAAUGUACGUGUGUAAAUAGCUCCGAGCUUUUUUUGUUUGUUUUCGUGCGCGUCUCUUUUUAUGUAGCUGUUUAAUGUCAGUUAUUUUAGUACGAACUGUGUUUUCAGCAGCAUUGCGUUUUAAUUUGUUUACACAGUGACAAGGAAAAUUGUGUAAUAGGCAAUAAUCCUCAACUCUGAAUCUCCUUUGUCAACCACACAUUUUGUUUUAUUUGUACAUCAGUGUCAGCGCGGUGCAAUAUGAACUCCUAAUCUGCCCGGUAACACGGAAAAUGAGCUACUGUUGGUUACCUCCUAUGACUAUUUGAAUAGAAAAGAGGCAGUGGACACAGUGACGUUUGAUCUCAUUACACACACACACACACACACACACACACACACACACACACACACACACACACACACACACACACACACACACACACACACACACACACACACACACACACACACACACAACCGACACACUCCUGUGGGCUCUUCGAAGGAAACAUGUAGCCUACGAGGCUUUGACAGUUUGUCAGGACUACGUAUUAUCGAAAUUGUCAAACUUUUUUUUUUUUUAAAUCACAUUGUGUUCUAUGAUGUAUUAUUAUUUAACAACUUAAGCCAAUUCAACCCCUUCCUGUUCCUGUCAAAACAGCAUGGAGAGUGUGAGGAAAAAGCUAAUAAGUCAACCUUGUUUUUACAAACUGUUCUUUCCGGUAACACUAAAAAUGAAUAAACUCAUGACUCUUAAAUAUAUGUCAGGCUUACAUAAACUGACCUGAAAAUAUACAAUCAAAUAAUAUACAAA